GCUGCGGUGAGUCAUCGGCCGGAAGCCUUGCUCUAAAUCAAAGCGGACGUGAAGCAUCCACCAAACUGGACUCAGCUCUGACAACCAAUCGGAGCAGGAGCAGCAGCGCCAGCAGGAGUCUCCCAGACCUUCUCUGAUGGAUGACCUUGGGGAAGCAAAUGGCACCUUUGCCAUCACCUUAUUAAAAAUGCUGGGUGAAGAGGACCACUCACGGAAUGUGUUCUUCUCUCCCCUGAGCAUCUCCUCUGCCCUGGCCAUGCUCUUCAUGGGGGCCGAAGGAGACACCGCCACCCAGAUGUCCCAGGUGCUUUGUCUGAACAAAGUGGAAGAUGUCCACCAGGGUUUCCAGUCACUUCUCACGGAAGUGAACAGAUCUGAUACUCAGUACUUGCUCAGAACCGCCAACAGGCUCUUUGGAGAGAAGACGUGUAAUUUCCUUCCGGCCUUUAAGGAGUCCUGCCAGAAGUUCUAUCAGGCGGAGCUGGAGGAGCUGGCCUUCGCUGACGACACGGAGGAAUGCAGGAAAUGCAUCAACGACUGGGUGACGGAAAAGACAGAAGGUAAGAUUCCAGAGAUUCUGGGUGUUGGCACAGUCAGCCCACAGACCAAGCUGAUUCUUGUGAACGCGAUCUACUUCAAAGGCAAGUGGAAGAAGCAGUUCGACCGGAGGUAUACAAGGGGGAUGCCCUUCAAAGUCAACCAGGAGAAGAAGACAGUGCAGAUGAUGUUUAAGCAGGCUGAAUUUAAAGUGGGCUAUGUGUCGGAGGUGCGCAGCCAGGUCCUGGAGCUGCCCUACGCAGGGGAGGAGCUGAGCAUGCUCAUUCUGCUGCCUGAUGAAGACACCGACCUCUCAGUGGUGGAAAAAGCACUUACACCUGAGAAGCUCACAGCCUGGAUGGAUCCAAAGACAAUGACUUUGGGUAAAAUUCAAGUUUUCCUUCCCCGAUUUAAACUGGAGCAGAGCUAUGACUUGGAGCCUGUUCUUCGAAGUUUAGGAAUGACUGAUGCUUUUGAGGAAGCCAAGGCAGACUUUUCUGGAAUGUCAACUAAGAAGAACGUACCGGUGUCCAAGGUUGCACACAAGUGCUUUGGAGAAGUCAAUGAAGAAGGCACAGAGGCGGCCGCGGCCACUGCCGUGGUCAGGAAUUCCCGGUGCGCCAGGACGGAGCCAAAAUUUUGUGCAGAUCACCCGUUCCUGUUCUUCAUCAGGCACCACAAAACCAACAGCAUCUUGUUCUGCGGCAGGUUCUCUUCGCCAUAAAGAGGGACCAUUGUUACAGGCGCUUCUUUCUUUUCAGUCAACCUCACCUCAAUUCAGAUUCCACAUGACUAAAUUGGUGUAGUGGUCUGAAUGCCAAAAUAAAGUGUGUAUACCUUGGA